GGUGCGACUGCACCCUGCGUGACGGGAGAUGUCUCCCGGACCAAAUGGUGUGUUAAAUCAACGUUGGUUCAACGUUUUAACGUCGAUUCGUGGUUACAUCAACGUCAUAUUCCCAGAUUUGCCCCAGGGGUUGGGAGAGGCUUUCGAAAUUGUUGUUAGUGAGCAGUGGGCGGGGUAAUGGUUGGCCUGGAGGGGGUGGUAGGUCAUUAGGUGUGGAAUCAGGGCAUGAUAGGGAAGCGGAAGUAAAGGAUUGAGAGACAGUAUGAUAAACAGUUGGAGAAUUCAGUGAUUUACUCUGCUGUUGUGGCUGGGUACUGGGGAUGAGAGAUGUUUGUUUUGUUUUAGAUUUAGCUACUCAGAACGAAGUGUCCAUGUAGCACGGGCUAUGGUGAGCCCGUAAAGGCAUUCAGGUAAAUUACGUGUGUUUUAUUGUCUUGCAGAGUAUGGUGAGAGGAGGAAAUCUGCGGCUGGUGGGGACGUGGGUGGUGGCGGUGGCUCUCCUGCUGCUGGUGGGGCUGGCAAUGCGCUCCACUACCCGCCGGGAGGAUGGUGGCGAGGUCCGAGGCCCCGUCAGAGCCCUCAGCGCCAUCAACCGCCAGGCACCACACCCUCUACGUCAGCCCCAACACCAGAAUGUGUUGGAAACACAAUACUUGAAUAAUGUCAAUGUUGAAAGAUGCGGUGGAAGGAAAUGGGUAGAGGGCCUCCCUCCGCUGUACAUCGUUACCCCGACCUACCCAAGAGCAGAGCAGGUGCCCGAGCUCACUCGCACGGCUCAGACACUUAUGAAUGUACCAAAUGUGGUGUGGAUUGUCUCUGAGGACUCUGCCAUUUCAUCUCCAUCUGUAGUUCAAUACCUUAAUGAAACAGGUCUCAGUACUGUUUAUCUUCGAGUCCAGAUGCCAUCCAAAUACAAGAGAGUGAAGAACAAGCCCCGAGGGGUGGCCAACCGCAUGGCCGGAAUAAACUGGGUUCGUGCAAAUGCCAAAGAUGGCGUCUUGUACUUUGCUGACGACGACAACACUUAUGACAUCCGCAUCUUUGAGCAGAUGAGAUGGACUCAAAGGGUUUCAAUGUUUCCUGUGGGACUGGUGACCAAACUUGGAGUCUCUACACCCAUUGUCAAGAAUGGAAAAGUAGUUGGCUUCUAUGAUGGCUGGAUUGCCAAACGCAAAUUCCCUGUGGACAUGGCUGGGUUUGCUGUUAGUGUGCAAUUCCUGUUAGAGCGUCCCUUAGCAUUUAUGCCGUACAGGGUUGGCUAUGAAGAAGAUGGUUUUAUAAAUAGCCUAGGAAUAAAAGCAGCAGAUAUAGAGCCACUUGCAUUUAAUUGCACAAAGAUAUGGGUGUGGCACACACAAACCAAGAAGAAUGAAGCAGCAACACCGGUCAACAAAACUAGUGUUACCAUAGGUACUAACCUGGACAUUAUUAGUGAACAAUUGUGGAAAGGACCCGGAACAAAAUUAAAAAUUUAAGAGCUAAUGAAUAAAAAAUUAGCAUGAAAAAUUAUAAGUGAAUAUAACAAAUUAAAAUGUGAGGAGAGCACGAUAAAAUACUGAAGCCGUACGAUAGGAUGGAACCCACGUCCCUAAACUCGUCUUACACGCACCAGGUAUAAUGAUGCGAGGGCAUAAUCAUUCGGAAAAUAGCCAGCACUACGUAAUAUAUAUUUAUAUUUUGUUACUAUAACUUUAGUUCUUAUAGCUGGAAUAAAAAGCUGGUUUUUAUUACAGCUAUAUUUUUAUUCUCUUAUAGCUGGUUUGUCAGGAAUAAAAUCACUUAAAAUGGAAUUUAUUGUAUUUAAUAAUGUACAGUGCAAUAACACUAUUUAAACAGGUAAUUGCACUUUGUGAUUAUAUUUAUUAACUUUUGUAUUCUCAUUAUUUGAUAAUAAAUUAUAAUAAUGACAGGACUAGAAAGCUUGUUACAAAGCUUGUUCUGCAUUUGAACUAUUGUAGCCUCUGUGGUGUACUGCUCAGUGUAUCGAAUCACUUUGUGUUUGGGUAUACCACUUAGUCUAUAUAAAUGCCCUAUAUGACAAA